GAAAAAACAAACUGUAUCUCUGAAUAAUAUCCUUAACCUUUAAAUGACACAUUCUGGCUGUUCUGUGGGAAAAUAUUUUGAUAAUUAAUGUCAUAUUUUUCACAGUUUUUAUUGAAAACAUCUGAUUUAGUGUGUGUGCAUGUGUGUUUAGAAUGUUCCCUGUAGAACUGAAGAACUCAUAAAGAAUUCUAGAACUCUUCACAUCAUAUUUGAAAAUCAACAACAUCUGUAGAAUAUCUUCAUUAGACGGACAUCGGCUGAACUGACAACACCUCUAGUGUUAUAUAAUAUUAGUAUAGAUUAUUAUCAGGACAACUUAAACAAGUAAGUAUUCUUCCUUUCUUUCUCUCUCUGUAGCUCACAUUAACACCUGUUUCUUCUCUUUUUUUCAGCUUAGUUAGAAAGUGAUCAACAAAGAAAAAUGGCAGAAAGUAGUUUCGAGUUAUCAUUUUCUUCUUCUGCCCGUGAUGCAAACGAGCUGCCCACUGACUUCAAGUUCAUGAAGCUUCUGGGAGCGGGCACUUUUGGAAAAGUGGUGAGGUGUUUGAAGAAAGACACCAAUCAGACCGUGGCUGUUAAGAUCCCCAAGUUUCUGGAAGAAGACAGCACUGAGGUUUCCACAAUGGAAAAGUUAAUGUGCCAGAAACUGGACCAGUCCAACAUCAUCCAGUUCUUAGGCUGGUUUGAUACCAGUGUUGGGAAGGCCAUGGUGUUCGAGUCUCUCGACAUCAGCUUGGAGGACUUCAUCCGAACGGGAAAAUGUCUCCCCAUGCAGCUGAGUGAUGUCAGUUUUAUUAUCCAGCAGCUCGCCACGGCGUUUGACGCUCUAAAGGGCAUCGGGCUGAUUCACACUGACUUGAAACUCGACAACAUAAUGAUGGUGGAUCACACGAAACGACCUUUCGGGGUCAAACUAAUCGACUUCGGCCUGACCAUGCACCGGUCAAAGGCCAAGCAGGGGACGACCAUGCAGGUGGUUCCUUACAGGGCUCUAGAAAUAAUGUUGGGCCUCCCGUUCUCUGAGGCCAUCGACAUGUGGUCGCUGGGUUGCGUGAUGGCCGUUCUGCUUUACGGCAAGGAGCUCUUCUCAGCAGACACCGAGUAUGAAGCACUGCAUGAAAUCACUGCUCUCCUGGGUGUACCACCGGACCAUCUACUAGAAAAGGGACGCAAGACUGGGAAAUAUUUCACCAAGUCUGAGUGCAACACCUGGAGACUGAAGACCCAUCAGGAGUAUUGGCAGGGACACGCAAACUCUCAUCCACAGUACCAGCCAAAGGUGCGCUUCAGUCUGGACAAACUCAGGAGGGCGCAUCUGGAGAGUAUUGACAAGUGCGAGGCCCUGCGGACAGGAUGGGCCGUCGACCUACUAGAGGCCAUGCUGAGCCUGGACGAGGCCAAGAGGAUCACUCCCAGCCAAAUACUCACUCAUCCGUUUAUCACCAGCGGAAUAUACAGCCACCUAAUCAAGAAGAAGAAGUUCACCUGGAAGACACAGAGAACCACACAGGAUCAAACAGAGGUUCCAGCAGGUGUGAUCCUGGUCUGUCCUGCAGCAGCUGAAAACAGGCUGCCGCAGGACGGACCAGGUGGGAUACUCCCAAAGGAGAACAUUCCAGCAGGUGGUACCCUUAAGGAGAACAUUCCAGCAGGUGGUACCCUUAAGGAGAACAUUCCAGCAGGUGGUAUUCUUAAGGAGAACAUUCCAGCAGGUGUGAUCCUGGUGCGUCCUGCAGCAGCUGAAAACAGGCUGCUGCAGGAUGGACCAGGUGAGAUACUACUUGAGGAGGACAUCAGGUAA